CCAGUGAUGAUAUUUGAUUUUAAGAACCUUCUAUAGCAAAAGGAUUAGGCAUGCUAUACAAAAAAAAAUCUCUUUUAUUAAAACAGUUACAAUUAAUGAAUUUGGCAGAAGCCCUUAUUCAAAAUAACAAAUUAUCUCAUUCAUACAACUGAGCAGUUGAGGGUUAAAUGCUUUGCUCAAGGGCCCAGCAGAAGCAACUUGGUGGUGGUGGGAUUUAAUCUAAGCUAAGUAUAAUUCCUCCCAAAUAGGCAUAUUAGAAUAAUUGGACAUGCAAAACAACACUUUUAACUGAACAGCUUGUGCCUUCACUUUAUACUGUUAUGUUAAAUGACUGUCACACUGUAAAUGUAAGAUAUGGAUUUGAGCUGGAGUUCUGUGCUUCUGCUAAACAUGAAGGAUACCCACCGAGGAGUCUUUUCCAAAAAGACACAUGCCAUUUCAUUUAUGGAAAGGUGCUCACAUGAACGCAGCAGUGACGUUUACGAUGUGUGUACUUGGCCGCCUGAGCUGGAAGAUGCUUCCAGUCUAUGUAAUUGCACAACUUUUGGGCUCCUUUACUGCUGCAGGAACUGUUUUCACCCUGUACUAUGAUGCAAUAUACCAAUACUGUGAAGGAAACUUCACAGUGUUUGGCCCCAAAGCGACGGCAGGGAUCUUUGCCACUUAUCCAGCUCCUUAUCUCUCAAUACAAGCUGGAUUUUUGGACCAGGUGCUUGGAACUGCAAUGCUGUUACUAUGUCUGAUGGCUCUGGCAGAUAAAAGGAACCAGCCUGCCCCAGCUGGUGGAGAGCCUGUUGCAAUUGGAGCGCUCAUAUUGUUGAUUGGUGUUUCCAUGGGCAGCAACAGUGGUUAUGCCAUUAAUCCAACCCGAGACCUGGGGCCAAGAGUCUUUACAGCAAUUGCUGGCUGGGGAUUAGAUGUAUUCAGGGCAGGCAACAAUUGGUGGUGGGUGCCCUUGGUGGCACCAUUAGUGGGUGGAGUGACUGGAGCGUUAAUAUAUAAAGCAUUUGUGGAGCUGCUCCAUCCCACGCAAGAGGAUAAAAAAGCUGAGCACAGUGGAUCAUCAGAGUGCAUAUCACUAAAUCAGUGCAAUAAAAACAACAUAGGUGAAUGUGUGAACUGUUAACAUGCUGAGAAUUACUGGAAUCAUGAAGACAACAGACAGGUGCUGAUUAUUUUAACGUGAAGCCAAAUAGGUCUAAUAGUAAAGAAGCAAUACAAUCAGCUUCUGCCUGUUUCAAUGGAUGAUUGAAACCAGUUUGGAACCUCUUCUUAUUAUUGAACUUAAAAACACACAAAGGUAAGCAAUUGCCAUGACCACUGAGAAUGAACUGGAAUGAAGGAACCAAGGAGCAAUAUUUACAUAUUUAAAUUUUUUUUUUAAUAAUUCACCACAGUAAUGUUUUUUGUUACUAAUAUCUUUGUAGAUUUUAAGAUUCGUAAUUUUAGAAACUCAUAACCUCAACAGCCAAAUGAGAGAAAUAUUGCAUAUUGACAUGCUACAGAAACACCAUAAAACCCUCCAUCAGUAAAACUCCUACAAAUAAA